ACUCGAAUUUGACGCAUACCAUGUGCCACGCUUCACAAUGAAGCCGAAGAUACAGACACUUCUACAAUGGUCCUCAGAUAAUGGUCUACGACUGAACUCAUCCCUGCAAAUACGGACGAACGACGCCAACGAUUCCGAGAUCGCUGUGUUUUCUAAUGCGCCCAUCAAUAAGAAUGAAAUAGUCGCCUCAAUACCGAAGGCUGCCAUUCUCUCCGUCCGGUCCUGCGCGCUUGUAUACAAGAUCCCAUCUGUGCCAUAUGGCCUUGGUGCACAGCUUGCGCUCUCGCUUGCUCUGUGCUAUGAACUUGCGCAGGGCACUGUGUCGCGCUGGCACGGUUACUUGCAAUCCUUGCCGUCAAGCAUGGUGCCCAUAGCACUCCUUUGGGAUGCCCAUGAUGCAUUUGAUGCAGACGCCGAUGGUGAAGAGGCGAAUUGCUGGAUCGUUGGUACAGAAGUGGAAAGGGCAUUGCGCAGCGAAGAGAACCAGAAUCCGCUGGACGAAAUACGCCAGUACUACUACUCCGUUGCUCGACCUUUGCUGCCUGAAGCGUGCACAAUCUCGCAUUUCCUCUACGCGUACUCUCUCGUCAGCUCACGCGCGUUCAUGGUCGAUGCUUACCAUGGGCUCUCCAUGGUUCCAAUUGCCGACGCAUUCAAUCACAUCACGGAGAAUCAUGUCCAUUUGGAGUGUGACUACGAUGUCUGCCCCGUUUGUGGCUCCGUCGCUGAAUGUCCUCACGAUCGCGACGACGUACCGCCAUCUUCCAGCGAAGCCAUGGACUGGCAGUCCUCAUCCGUUCUCUCCGUACCGGAUACAUGCGACAUGGUCGCAAACAGGCCCAUUCCACCUCUAAGUGAGGUAUUCAACACCUAUGGCGCGCGCAGGAGCAAUGCGUCCUUGCUGGCAUGGUACGGCUUCGCGCUUGACGGGAACGAGAACGACACCGUGGGCUGGGACUUCGUAGAGGUCGCUCAGACGCUCCAAGACGGCGGGUCACCAUCGGCACAACUCUCGGAACAGUCAUACAAGAAGGUACUACAUGCCUGGUUGUCCACGCUUGGGUCGAUGGUCGCCGACGACAGCAGGCUGGUGUUCAGACCCGAUUUAGACGACACAGACCAGAGGAAUUUCGCAGGACCGUCAACGGUGCUGUGUAUCAAUAGUGACGCGCAAAUGAGCGAGUAUCUAUGGGUGUAUCUCGCCGUACGCGCUGCUUUUGAGACAGCUGACAGUCGAAACGCGUCGGAUCUCUUGCAAGAAACUCUAGGCUCUGAGGACACCGAGAGACUUGUCGCACUGCUCGGAUCGGUCAUGGACGAACAAGUCCAUCUGGAGAAGGCGCUAGAAGCUGAGAAUGGGGAGGACAUCGACGUUGACACGGAUGACCGCCUGGAUAACGAGAGCAAGAAUAGGUCUCAUCGUAUCCUAUCGCGAAUCGCGGACUUGGCUAUCAAAUUAUGCCAGCACAGGAUAUCCAGCAUCGGGAAGCAUCCGGAUCUCAGUACGGCACAACUUGGGGAUGCACUCGACGGCAUUCCUGAAGGCAAGCCCAAAACACGCUUGGCACUCGCGCAAGUUCUUGCCGAGAGGUCCAUAUUGGAGGGUUGUCAGACGGGCUGGCAGGAGCUACGUGAUACCUUGCCUGAGGCUUGAUGUUGUCGUAGCAGUCAUUGGAGCUAUUGACGCAGGAUCAAACGAGACU